UGUUGUCGACAGGACAGGAAUAGAAAUGAAACCUUCUCCUUUGCUUUAGAAUUUUCUCGCUUCGUUGAAAAUUCUUCAACUGGAAGAAACCUACCAACUGUAUUGGCUUUGACAAUAUGUCUCUUUAUAACAAAAAUAUAUUGGAUCGAUUCAAGUUAGACGGUAAAAUAGCUCUCGUCACAGGGGCAGCCCAAGGAAUAGGAAAGGCACUGGCGAUCGCACUUGCUCAAGCAGGAGCUGCUGCUGUGGGUCUUUUGGAUUUGGAGUCAGAAACACUUCGUCAUACGGAAAAAGAGCUCAAUGCCCAUUUCUCCUCGACGGAAAUCAUAGCGCUAGCAGCAGACGUUUCUAAUGCUAAUCAAAUCAAUCAAGCUAUUUCACAGUUUGCUUCCAAGUUUGGUCGAUUAGACAUUGCUUGUAACAAUGCUGGAAUUGUAUUCAGUGGGGUAGAGGAAAAGUAUGCCUCUGAAAACGCUUCAGUGGAGCAAUGGAAGAAAACAUUGGAUGUCGACUUGACAGGAGUAUUUCUUUGUUGUCAAGCAGAAGCAAAAUGGAUGCUUCCACAACAUUAUGGUAAAAUAAUCAAUACAGCAUCCAUGUCAGCACAUAUUGUGAAUCAUCCACAGAAACAAGCGGCAUAUAACGCAGCAAAAGCAGGUGUAGUUCAGUUGACUAGAACUUUGGGAGCUGAAUGGGCUGAUCGAGGUGUUCAUGUCAAUUGCAUUUCUCCUGGUUACAUCAAUACACCUAUCACCAAUACUCCAGCCUUGAAACCUAUCAUGGAUUACUGGGUUAGACUAACUCCAGCCAAUCGUUUGGGUGAAGUAGAAGAUUUACAAGGUCCAGUUGUGUUUCUUGCAAGUGAUGCUUCAAGUUUCAUGUUUGGUGGAGAGAUCAUGCCGGAUGGUGGAUUUACUCUUUGGUAAGGAUAGUGACUUUAAACAACGUUCUUUGGUCGCAUUGGCAUACACAGAUUAUAAAAAGCAUCCUUGAGGAAUAUAUUCGAGUCCUUCCAA